AACAUUUAGUGGCGCUGGUUGCCGUCCUACCACGACAUGCACACUAUUCGCUGCAUGACACAGCUUCUUUGCACAUAUCGACGUGGCUUGACUUUAGCAUAUCCACGCACAGAGUGAUGGCGUCGUACAAAGGCAUAGGUGUGAUGUCGGGGACGUCCUUAGACGGCCUGGACAUAUGCUACGCGGAGUUCACAGGUGACAUCGAGAACGAUGUGUGGGGCUAUCGAAUAGAGCGAGCCGUCACUGUGCCCUAUAGCGAGGAGUGGACGGACAAGCUGAGACGGGCGACAAAGCUGGCAGGAGUGGACCUCAUAAAGCUCCAUUUCGACUACGGCCACUUCCUAGGCGACGCUGUCAAACAGUUCAUUGAGAAGGAGGGUUUGAAGGUGGACUUUGUGGCGUCUCACGGUCACACAGUUUUCCAUCAGCCUGAGAGCAGUUUCACGUUCCAGCUCGGGGACGGCGAGACGACCUCCACGUACCUACGGUGUCCAUUUGUGUGCAACUUCCGAGCCAAGGACCUGGCCCUCGGGGGUCAAGGGGCACCGCUCGUACCCUCAGGGGAAAAGUUUCUGUUCAGUCAUACUGACUUGUGUAUCAAUCUUGGAGGUAUCGCCAAUGUUGGACAGAAGGGUAGGAAGGGCUUUGACAUGUGUCCUUGCAAUAUUGUCUUGAAUAAACUGGCCAAACAGUUCGACGAAACACGCGAGUACGAUGUGGACGGUGAGAUUGCGUCACGUGGGGUGGUUAAAGAUAGUCUCCUGCAGCAGCUCGAGGGUCUGGAGUACUACGAGGAGCCGCCGCCUAAAUCUCUGGGCAUCGAAUGGAUCGACAGGGAGAUAUUCCCACUUCUAGAUGACAAACUGUACAGCGUACCUGACCUGCUGCGCACAUUCGUAGAACAUAUCACCAACAGGAUUGCGGGGGCCUGCGCCGACUGCUCUCAGAAGGAUGAGGGUAGUGAGAAAACUGUUCUCAUCACGGGAGGAGGGGCGUUUAAUAAAUUCCUCAUGAGUCUACUGGAGAAGAAAAUUAAACAGGGUGGAUUUCAGGUCCAGAUAACCGAUGAAGACACGAUUAACUUCAAAGAAGCUCUGGUCUUCGCUUUCCUUGGAAUGAGAACAUUGCUUGGUAUGGACAACGUGAUUUCUGUUGUGACCGGAAGUUCAUGUGACAGCGUUUCCGGAAGUAUUCACCGUUCAGUGCAACCAUAUACAGCCUCUCCCACCAUCCAGGACAGGUUUAACUACCUGAUGAAACGCAAUACCGAGAUAUAUAUGACAAGGCGUAUGAGCGGUGUUGAAAAUGUCUAGCAGGUGCAAUGUUGUGUCUCCCAGACUCCCAACACCGCUACCGGUGUAGUACUUAAGGCAGGUCGGUUCCAUACACACCGGAACAUGAAACUGUCCUGUGUCUCUUACACCGAAACCCACCCAAUACCACUAUUCCUCUCCUGUUCUCUGAAACAAGAAAAUAUACUGAGGGAAAAAAUAGGGAUCACAUGAAAGCACAAGUGUUCCUUUAAUUUUUUCCAGGUUUCUUCACAAGCUGUGGGAUACAAAGUUUGUAAAGAAACCUUGGGAAAAAACAUAAAGGAACACUUGUGCUUUUAUGAGAUCCCUUAUUCUUUUUCCUCAGUAUAUAUAUAUAUAUAUAUAUAACAAAGACACCGUUGCACCGAGUCAGCUUAUCGCGAAUAGCUUGUUUUCACAUAUUUUUUAUUUAUUGCGUAGAAAAAUUAUUGAAAAAAAUAUAGGAAGGCGUAUUUGUUCAAAUACAAGACUGUUUGGGUGUUUUAAUGUAAGUAUAAUCAGAAGAAUUACAUUCACUCCGACAUUCUCUUGUGCACUGACUUCGUUUCGUUCGUCGCCUGGGUAUAUGUUGUACAGCGGAAGUCUUCUAAAAUACGGAUUUACUCAUUCACUGAAGCAUGCGGAAUACAGCAGCCAAUCGUUAUCACCUGUUGUUGUAUGGUUUACAGAUAAUAUUAAACUCAGUUACGGAA